AUGCCGCCGCCAAAGGACCCCAAUAGUCCUAUCUCUCGGCAUGAAACCUCUCUAAUUUCUGAAGGGAAAGCUCUCCUCCAGCAAUCAGCCAAAGGAAUGCAUCGAAGCGAACGAUUCAACCGUGAUAUCCUACCGCUUGCUCUCCCAUUGGUUGAGGCAAUCGGUUAUCGAAUGGCCUUUGAAGCCGCCAAGGAAGCCAACAUUGAUUCAAAGUUGCUUGAUAUGUACGAGAUCGGAGUCAUUAAGGAAGACCCUGCCUGGUAUGCCGAGCAAGGUGGGCUGGAUAGAGAGAUCCAGCGGGAGAUGGAAUCUCAAGCGGCAGAUGCUCUGCUCCCAGACUUGAAAGAUAUCAUGCGGGAUUCAGGGCUGCAGGCUUACAGCAAUGCUCCUAUGACAUCGAAGGGCUUGUGGGAUGAAUUUGUCGCUGGGUUGGAGACAUUCGAGGGGAAUGCUACACCCAAUUUACUAUCCCGGCUUUAG